AUGGAGAACGGCGUCGCCUGGGACCCCAGCCGGCUCAUCAGAGAGCUGACGGACGGGCAGGAGCUGACGAGGCAGCUCGAGACCCACCUCGACCAGUCCCCACCCGAAUACUGCAAGUCGUUGUUGCAGAGCAUCCAGUCUGUCCUGCACAGGGCCACCUCGCUGGCCAAAUCCUUGGCCGACUACGAUGGCGGAGACUCCCCGCGCUCCGCCAGCGGCAGCGACGAUUCCCGCCGCCCCGUCGCCUUCGGGGAUCAGGACCCCCGGGAGAUCUCCAAGAAGAGGUAGACCCUGUUCACAGCGCCGCCCAUCCGCCGCCACUGCCGCUAGAUUUCCGGGGGGAGAACUCACCGUCUUCGUCGUCUUCGUUGCAGGAAGAUGUUGCCGCGGUGGAAGAAGCAGGUGAGGGCGAACCCGGGGACGAGCCUAGAAGGCCCGCCGGAGGACGGCUUCAGCUGGAGGAAGUACGGGCAGAAGGAUAUCCUCGGGGCCGCCCAUCCGAGGUGAGCUUCCCGGCCGCCCUCCUCCUCCUCCGGCGACGGCGAAACCUCCACCUAAUCCCGGCGAGCCGACUUUAAAUCUGCAGGGGUUACUACCGCUGCACCCACCGGAACACGCAGGGCUGCCCGGCGACGAAGCAGGUGCAGCGGGCCGACGGCGACUCUUCCGUCUUCAACGUCUUGUACAAGGGGGAGCACGUCUGCACCCAGAGAGCGAACUCCUCGCCGAUGCCGGUGCUGGAGCAGGGGCACAGCUUCGUCGUCGACGGCAGACCAGGCCUGACUGUGAUAACCCAGGAGCUGCCGCUGGCUUCUCCCUCAUCCUUCUCCUCCAUUCCAUCGCCGGCGAGCCGCAUCUUCUCCUCGCCGGCGACCCGCUUCUCGUCGCCGUUUGUCUCUCCCUCCACCGCCGGGAAAACCCACUUCGGGGAGGGGUUCCCCGGAGGCUGCCAUGGCCGAGCUCUGGAAGAACUGGGGGAGAUACUCUCAGCGUCCAACACCAGCUCACCGGCCAUGGACCUGGAGUUCCUGGUGGACGUCGACUUCGACAACAGCUUCUUCACCUGA